UCCGCCGCCCGCCCCGCCGCGAUGCCCCGCCGCUGCUGAGCCGGCCCCGGCGACGCCCGCUCCCGCAGCCCGCCAGGUUGAGAAUGUUUGGGACCCGUCUGGUGGAAGUGGCCAUGUCGCGAGUAAUUCCCACGCACGCCUUCCCAGUGAGCUUCCCUCUGCUGAGCCUCGUCCUGCUGCUGCUCCUCCAUGCAGAGGGCUCACGUGCGGAGAGCCCCAGUGAACUGCCCGCCAACGACACCGAGGAGUGCGCUGGCUCCUACAUCUGCAAGAAGGGUGUGAUUUUACCAAUAUGGGAACCCCAGGACCCCUCGUUUGGGGACAAAAUCGCUCGGGCAACGGUGUAUUUUGUAGCCAUGGUGUACAUGUUCCUGGGAGUGUCCAUCAUAGCCGACCGCUUCAUGUCCUCCAUCGAAGUCAUUACAUCCCAAGAGCGGGAAAUAACCAUCAAGAAGCCCAACGGCGAGACCAGCAAAACCACCGUGAGGAUCUGGAACGAGACUGUUUCCAACCUCACGCUGAUGGCCUUGGGCUCCUCUGCUCCGGAGAUCCUCCUCUCUGUUAUCGAGGUGUGCGGCCAUGGCUUCACGGCGGGGGACCUGGGGCCGAGCACGAUCGUGGGGAGUGCUGCCUUCAACAUGUUUGUCAUCAUCGCAAUCUGUGUGUACGUGGUGCCAGAUGGAGAGAUAAGGAAGAUCAAACACUUGCGAGUGUUUUUUGUUACAGCGGCCUGGAGCAUCUUUGCCUACACUUGGCUUUACAUUAUUUUAUCUGUGUCUUCUCCUGGGAUUGUGGAGGUUUGGGAAGGCUUGCUCACCUUCUUCUUCUUCCCCAUCUGUGUGGUGUUUGCCUGGAUAGCUGACAGGAGGCUUUUAUUUUACAAGUACGUCUACAAGAAAUACCGAGCCGGCAAGCAGAGAGGCAUGAUCAUUGAGCACGAGGGUGACCGGCCCUCCUCCAAGGCCGACAUCGAGAUGGAUGGAAAGGUUGCUAAUUCUCAUGUGGAGAACUUUUUGGAUGGGACACUGGUGCUGGAGGUGGACGAGAAAGACCAGGAUGACGAGGAAGCCAGGAGGGAAAUGGCUCGGAUCCUGAAGGAGCUGAAACAAAAGCACCCAGACAAGGAAAUUGAACAGCUCAUAGAGCUGGCCAACUACCAGGUCCUGAGCCAGCAGCAGAAGAGCAGGGCCUUCUACCGCAUCCAGGCCACCCGGCUCAUGACCGGCGCCGGCAACAUCCUGAAGAGACAUGCCGCAGACCAGGCCCGCAAAGCCGUCAGCAUGCACGAGGUCAACAGCGAGGUGACCGAAAAUGAUCCCGUCAGCAAGCUCUACUUCGAGCAGGGCACCUACCAGUGCUUGGAGAACUGCGGCACCGUGGCCCUGACCAUCGUCCGCCGGGGAGGAGACCUGACCAACACGGUGUACGUCGACUUCCGCACGGAGGACGGCACGGCCAACGCCGGCUCUGACUACGAGUUCACUGAGGGGACGGUGGUCUUCAAGCCCGGAGAGACCCAGAAGGAAAUCCGUGUUGGCAUCAUCGAUGACGACAUAUUUGAGGAGGAUGAGAACUUCUUGGUCCAUCUCAGCAACGUCCGUGUGAGCACCGAGGGCUCAGAUGAGGGCGUUCUUGAGGCCAGCCGUGUCUCAACACUCGCCUGCUUGGGAUCACCGUCUACUGCCACCGUCACCAUUUUUGACGAUGACCACGCCGGCAUCUUCACCUUCGAGGAGCCAGUAAUGCACAUCAGUGAAAGUGUAGGAACCAUGGAAGUGAAAGUGUUGCGAACCUCUGGAGCACGAGGAAAUGUUAUUGUGCCCUACAAAACCAUUGAAGGCACGGCCAAAGGUGGAGGAGAGGACUUUGAAGACACCUGCGGGGAGCUGGAGUUCCAGAAUGAUGAGAUAGUCAAAACGAUAUCAAUCAAGGUGAUAGAUGAUGAGGAGUAUGAGAAAAACAAGACCUUCUACCUAGAGAUCGGGGAGCCCCGGCUGGUGGAGAUGAGUGAGAAGAAAGCCCUGUUGUUGAAUGAGCUUGGUGGCUUCACCAUCACAGGCAAACUCUGCAAUGGCAAACCUGUCUUCAGGAAGGUCCAGGCUAGAGAUCAUCCUCUUCCUUGCACCGUGGUCUCCAUCCAAGAGGAGAAUGAGGAAAAGCAGCCCCUGACUAGCAAGGAGGAGGAAGAGCGUCGGAUCGCAGAGAUGGGGCGCCCAGUCCUGGGGGAGCACACCAAACUCGAGAUCAUCAUUGAGGAAUCCUAUGAGUUCAAGAACACAGUGGACAAGCUCAUUAAGAAGACGAACCUGGCCCUGGUGGUUGGCACAAACAGCUGGAGGGAGCAGUUUAUCGAGGCCAUUACUGUCAGCGCGGGGGAAGAUGACGAUGACGAUGAAUGUGGGGAGGAGAAGCUGCCCUCCUGCUUUGACUACGUGAUGCACUUUCUGACCGUCUUCUGGAAGGUCCUUUUUGCCUUCGUGCCCCCGACAGACUACUGGAAUGGCUGGGCUUGCUUCGUUGUCUCCAUCCUCAUGAUUGGCCUCCUGACAGCUUUCAUUGGCGACCUGGCAUCCCACUUUGGCUGCACCAUUGGCCUGAAGGACUCCGUCACUGCCGUCGUGUUUGUCGCCCUGGGGACAUCGGUGCCAGACACAUUUGCCAGCAAAGUAGCAGCAACGCAGGACCAGUACGCGGACGCCUCCAUCGGGAACGUCACCGGGAGCAACGCUGUGAACGUUUUCCUGGGCAUUGGGGUGGCCUGGUCCAUCGCAGCCAUCUACCACGCGGCACACGGACAAGCCUUCCAAGUCUCCCCUGGCACUCUGGCCUUCUCAGUCACCCUCUUCACCAUUUUUGCUUUUAUCAGUGUGGGAGUGCUGCUCUACCGGCGGAGACCCGAGAUCGGAGGUGAGCUGGGCGGGCCGCGGACUUCCAAGCUGCUCACAUCCUCACUCUUUAUCCUCCUCUGGCUCUUGUACAUAUUCUUCUCAUCUCUGGAAGCCUACUGCCACAUAAAGGGCUUCUAAAGGGACAAUCAGAGAUAGUAAAUAUGUGUAUAUCUAUAUAUAUCUAUAUAGAGUGAUAUAUAGGUAUAGCUAUAGAUAUAAAGCUGUGUAUAAUGAACAGAGAAAGAAUAAAAGAGAUUUGCCAUGUUCACACACCUGCUGAUGGAAAGCGGCUUUGGAGCAUCCUUUGAACUAGGCAGGACCCCAAAGCCAGCAGGACCCCUCCCCAGGCAGCGGCCCCGUCCAGGAGCCAGGGGCAGGGCCCAUUCUGCAACUCGACCAACAGGAGAGGCCGAUGGCCACCAAGCCCCUUCCCAUCGCUGACUCCCACCCGCUGGCCCCGGGAAGACGGAUGAGAAGGCGACCGGGGUGCGUCGGUGUGAGGAAGGCCAGAGUAGCUGGUGAGAAACAGAGCAGUGGGCAAGGGAAGGAGAGGAGAGCAAGGGUUCUGAUCUCCCACCACAUCCAGCUGCCUUCGCCACCCGGGAACAGGCCCUCUGGCCCUGUUGGAGAGGAGCGAGAGACCAAACUGAAGACAAGGGGAAUCUGGGAGCUUUCUAAGGAUAGAAUACAAACCGUUUUCGUCAUUGAUUUGGGGUUGGUUUUUUUGUUUCGUUUUGGCGUGUGUACAACUAGCAUUUCCCACCCACAUGCCCCUCGCCUUUCCCUGUCCAUGCUUUGGGGGUGCACAGCCGCAGCCUCGUGUCCCGUGUCCCAAGCCGAGGCCAUGCGGAGCGGCGGGAGCCUUCCUCCCACUCCUCCGCCUCCUCGGGCAUGCUGUCGUGGUACUUGUAACAUUUGCAUGAAUGAAAUGAAAUCUAUCUGUAUAUAGCAUCCUAUAGCGAUAGUCCUUCCAGCCAUGUGGGUUGAGCAUUGCAGAUUACAAGCGUUUUCUUUUCACUGGGUUUUAUUUAUUUUUAGUUAGUUCGGUUUUGCCAUAGGGUUUUGCUCGUUUGUUCGUUUGUUUCCUCUUAGCGGGGGUGGGAAGGAUGGAAAGCUGUCCCCACUUACUGCUCAUGGCACGGGUCCAUGAGAAGCAAUAACAGCCAUGCAGUUGUAGGUUUCUCAGGGCAGGAAAACCCACACCCCAGAGACUUCAGGCUCUGUCCAGCUGUGUGGAUGGGGUCCUCUGACGUGCUGAAGCCAGUGUGAGGCCUCCUCUGCCCGCAGGAGGUGUUACACAGGCUCCCAGGGAGUGGGGUGAGCAGUCUGCGGGGAACAAGCGUGGCUGAUUCCCAGCACCUCACAUGCUUCUGCCUUUCGAGUCAGUGGCUGCCUCAAAGCCCUUGGCCCCCUGCUAUUGCCCGUACCCCCAGAGGUGUAGUGACAGCCCCUGUUUCUGAGUGUUAAGCCAUCAGGACCAGUCCCCAAAGCUGGUCCUUCCCCACAGCCAUUUGGAGGCAGGGCUGAAGGGCCGUACAAGAUCUCCCACUCCACGGAGCGUGACCAGGACGCAUCCCCCCAGGAAAAGGUCAUGUUUUGCACUCUCCAAAUCCGAAGUCACUGGACAGGAUGAGACGGGGAGGUGUGACUCAGCAUCACCCCCCUGGUGCCAGGAGGGCAGGCUGGGAUAGAGAGCUGAGCCAGGGAAAUGUGGGUGUAGAGCUCCCCAGGGCACAGCACGGGGCAGACACUGGGCACUGGUGUUGAGAGAUGUCUCCUGAGCCUCUGCCCUUUGCCAGGCUUCCUGACAUUCCAGCCAGGCAAACUCCCAGCCUGCAUGUCCAUGGUGAGCUCUUCCCACUCAGCUGAAAACCAUGUCUGAUGCUUGUACCAUAACCAGCUGGCUGGGGGUAUUUGUACUCAUCUUGAGCUAUCUGUGGAAAUUUUAAUUAACCUGCUGUAAGAUUUUCUCUAGGAAUAUGAAGUUGUGGUUGUGUUUUUUUUUUUUCUUCUUGAGCCUUUUUUCACUUUUGAUUUGUUUUGGGGUUUUUCUUUUUUGUUUCUCAUUGUUUUGGGGGAAAAAAUCAAACACAGGUGCAGAUUGUUCAGGUUUAUGAUUACCUUUAUGUACAAUGAUUUCAUUUUCAUCUGUUUGGCUUCAUUUUUUUCUUUGUGUGUAUUGCCCACCACUAUAGGCAGUGAGUCCACUAAUUGUGAUGAUCCUUAUCAAUGGUACACAAUGCACAGAGAAAUAAAGUUUGUAGUGAUUCCUGAUGGACCCAGUACUGCUCCUGCAUAUUCUCUAUGGAAAACCCUUCUCUCCCCUCCAGCUGUUUCCCCUUCGUAGCCAUCCCUCCUUGACUCAUUGGUUUGCCUUCCCCGUGUUUCUGCCUCUGGCAGGGGCAGUGGUGCCUUGGCACGGCCGCCCCUGCCCCAUCCCAUGCCCUCCCUCCCUCUCCAUCUCCAUGGUGCCUCAGGCUUGGUGUGUGCUGCCAGGGCUCACAGCCUGCUCCACUCUCAGGGGGAUGCAGGAAACCACCCAGGGACAAAGCUGCAGGGCAGCCCACCCUCCUGGGGCCAGGAGCUGCCCCUGUGCUGCAUCCCUGGCCUCCUGCUGGCUUGCCCUAGGCUUGGGGAGAGCCAUGGGUGUGCCCCCAAGGUACCAGGCAGCUCUUUCUUCUUGUGUCCUCUAUAGAACUGCUCUUGCUACAGCCUCACAGUGUCCUGUGCUGGGUUAAGCCACGUGCUAGCUAUGAGGGAGAAUGCAAGAGGUGCAUUACCAGGGCAGGGUCCAUGGGUGCCAAAGCAGAUCUGAGGCACCCCACGAGGCUGGGCUGCCCUCAAGAGGUGCCUGCCCGUGCCCCAGUCCAGGUACCGUGGGCCAUUUCAGACCCAUCUGUGCCUCGACACAGCUCAGCCAGCACUGAGGAGGAGAAAAGUCUCCCCAUGGCCAGAGAUGUUGUUCCUCCCUGUUGAGCUGUCCCCAGAUAAACCCUCCCUGCAACGCCUGGGAAGUCCUGCUCUGACAGCUGAACUCAAACACCAGCCCUGGAGAUGGGCCCCAGGCAAGCACUGCCUUCAACACUCCCCAGCAGAGAGCACAGCCAAUGUCCACGUGCUUCUCCCAGGCAGUGGAUAGUGAAAGCAAAGCAGCUCUUCUGACCCAGUAAUUGCAUCUGCUGAAAGGUGAUGUGGGUGUUUUCCCCUCAUCAUUUGCUUCUUCAGAAUGAAUUGCCUUGGCUGAUGUAAUUAACAAGUCAAAUGGGACUUGUGUGCCCACUCAGGUUAGCAGGCAGUAAAUAACUCUUCUGCUCACAGAGCUUUCCAAAGGGAAUGAUGGAGCAGUGCUUGCUUAGGACCAGGCCUAAAUCACAGGCUGAACACCAACCCUGUCCAUGCAGUUGCUCUCUGCCAGCUGUGUGCUUUUGGGCAUCUUUACCAAGGCUGUGCACAGUGGGACCUGAGUGUGCCCAGUGGCUCCAGGAGGGGUCAGGGGGGAGCAGCCAGGGGAAGCGGUGUUCCCAGGGGUGUCAGGCCUGCUCUUCUGCACAGUCUCCUCUUCAAACAUGCCCUCCAGAGGCAGAAGAGAACUGCCCUCCCUGAGAAGACAUUGGCUGGCAGUGCUGGGAGGCAGCAGGAGGAAGCACAUCCCUGGCACAGUCACGCCUUGUCACAGCUCAGCUCCCUGGAUCCCUGUCCGAUGCUGGAACACUCCCAUCUCUUCCUUGUCCAGCCUCCCACCCUUGCCUGCACAGGGAGAACAUUGAGCACCUUUGGUAAAGGCCUGGGUUUAUGGAUGUUGCCAGAAGCAGCAGUUCAAACCCUUGGCCUCCAUCCAUUUCCCUGCCCCAUUUGCUCUCACCCCCUCUCAUCACCCCACCACCCAAAGGCAAACCUUUCCAUGGAAAAGGAUGCAGCACAUGUCCAAAGGACACUCAGAGACAGGAGACACCCAAAUAACUCCAGAGGCCACUGCCAAGCACGUGGGGACAAGCAGAAGGAACACACUAGUGAUGGCCCCAGCCAUCAUGGACAAACUGUGUUUCCAACUCUUCAGGGCUCAGUGGGUGUGGAGGCAAAUCCCAGUCACAGCCUGAAAACUUGGAAAAGGCACAAGAAAAAAGGAAAGAGCCACAGAUCUGCAGUGCCUCGUGGCUGAGCCCACCCCAACUGCCACCUGUGCCAGGGCAGCACAGGGACUGCUCAAUCCCGAGGUGUGAGCCCCUCAUCUCCAGCCAGACGAGGCUCCUGCCCCUGUGUCACCUGUGCCAGGCAGCCCCUGGUGCCUCUGGGGCGAGGGGCGAUCGCGAGACUCCUUUGUGCAUCUUCAUCUCUGCUCCCUGGAAGGACAGAGGGGAGAAGAGGGACCUGGAGCCCGCCGUGGUCACAAGCCUGGCUGUGAACUCUCUGCUCUAUUUCUGCUGCUUGCAGGGACUGGGGAAGCAGAGCCCCUGUGUUAUUGUUACAGCUAUUUUUAAAUUCUCGCCUAAGAAUCGCCGGCGUUGGUGGCCAUAUCCAUAACUCAGGAGGAAGUUCAACUACAUUCCUGGAGGGACAGAGCUGAGCACAGCCAGAAAGUGAGGAAAACUUAAUGCUGGACGGUGUAAUUCCAGGACAAAGCCUUGCAUUAUUUUCUGUAAGCUUUGGCACCCAAGCCCACCUGGAGAAACGUGUUUGCAGAGCACCAGGAACCUCUCUGGCCUCUCUGAGCAUGCAGUGACCAACUGCUGAUGCCUAUACCUGUGAUCAGCACAGCUGUGGAAGAGCCUGUUUAUCUUGUAAAAAAUUGGCUUGCACAGGAAAGCAUCCAGAGGCGUCCGUAUUCUUGCAAAAAGCGCCGAGGGACAAUAAAUACAGUGAGAUUCCUCACCUUUUAAGGACUUGAGCCUUUCUGCUGUUGGAACUGGAGGUGCCAAGAACCUCUUGCUAGCCAGCAGCACCCCUCACAUGGAGGGAAGGGACACUGCAAGGGAAAGGGGCCUGCCUGGCCAAGUAGGAGCUGUUGUCAGCAAAGACAGGCAGGAGCUUGCUGCUACCAGCAGGAUUUUCUGCCUGUGGGAUGCCCCUGAGAGCAUCCUAGGAGUCUCCACAGGGCCUUGCUCUCUCUCUGGAGGAUCUUGAGAGCAGCAGUCCUGUCUCUGGGACUCAGUGCCCCCAGGGUGGUUCAGCACCCUCUCCCCUGGCUCCUUCCCCUUUCCCAAAGGGAAUGCCAGCUUGGGGCUGCCCUCCCCACAAGUGUGGAAGAGGGCACUGGGGCACCCAGUGUUCCCAAUGCAGUGCUGUGGAGCACUGCUGGAGCUGGGUGUGCCAGUGGGAUGCCCAGCACCGGAGGGCAUGGGGAAGGGACGAGUGCCAAGGGCUCCUACUCAGAUCUGGAAACCUUGUUCAAGCACUGCCACAGCGUGUCCCCUGCCCUGGCUGCCACGGGCACGGACAUGCACCUGGAUUUCUGCACAGACACAGCACAGCCUCCAGCUUCUCUGGCUGCCCAUGGGCACCAACCCCAGACAGUAUUUUUAUCUCUUUGAGUCAAAACAGCCCCUGGCCUGUUGCUCUAGACCAGGAAAGCUUUCUGCCCCUCCAGUGACCAUUAGUGACCCCACCUGAUGCCAGGGUCCUCCACAUUCUGCCUUGAGCCAUCUCAAGGUCCCAAAAUCUACACUCAGUGACAAUCCAGCCUGCAGCCUGCUCUGUGCUUGCCUCCCCUGUGAAGCCUCUUCAAAUUCCAUCUUCUCCCAGGCUCCCCUGUCCCUCCCUCCUGCCUCUCAGCUGGGGGUUUCCUGUGUGGGACAGAUUUCCUUCCUCACUGCCCUGAACAACAGCACUUGUUAGCUCAGCCUUGCUGUUUGUGUCUCAGGACAAAGAUGAACCAUCCCACAUCAUGGACAUGAGCCCCUAAAACCAAGGAGCAGGCAAACAUCCACACAAACCCCACAAACCCUCCUGCUCAUCACUCAGGCACCAUCACAGCCAUUACCCACAGGCACAGGUUUUAUUGUGCCACUGUCCUUCACUCAUUAGUCUGUUGAAGAUUUUUUGCUGAAUUUCCACCAUUAAGAAGUCCCACAGAUGCUCCAACUCCACCCCCCCAACCCAAAUGUCCUCUAUGCUUCCAAAACAAACUAAUUUGCUUUAACUGGGGGUUCAAGGCUUUCCCACUCUUGCUUGAAAUGGGCAGUGGAAAUAAGCAUCCCAAGCAAGUUGCAAUGGCUUGGGAUGCUUAUCCACACUUGGAGCUCCUAAGCCCUUGCAGCAUGUGGGAGACUGCCACGGGGCUCUCUCCCUGCACCUCCCAACCUCUUUGUGGAGGUGGGAUUUAUUUCUCCUCCAUUUCUUCCAGCUGAGAGGAGUCUCUUGACAGAUCUGAGGAUGAGACCUGCAUGGAACACAGGCUUGCUCUGCUUUCCUGAUGGAAAUUGCCUGUCCAUGGCACUGCCAUCCCCAGGAGUGUGUGCCCCUCUGCCCCAGCCCACAGCCCCUGGCAGGUUCCUCACUCACAGAAAUGUGACAUUCUGGCAGAUGAGCUGCUUUGCAGAGAUACUUAGAAACACGCAGAAUUUCUAAGUCCCUGUGAAAGUGCUGUGCUGGCACAGGCAAGGCUGGAUCCUGGUGGUGCAAAAGUGUCCCAGAGCUUGUUUGGGAACAUUAAUGAAAGGUUUCACAAACCAGCAGCUUUGUGACUCCCAGGGACGUAGGGAGGUGCACAAGUGGAUUCCUCCUUGUUUCAUGUAAUGCUGAGAUGCUUCCCUUGGCUUCAGCUCCAGCCCUGUGCCCUGCCCUGCCCUGCCUUGCAGUAGGAGCUGUGAUGAGCUGGUCCUUGGCUGAACCCCCCCCUGCUCAAAUGAGAACAAACUCAUGCCUGUUUGUGUCUUCAUUUGCUUGCCCCAUGUUGCCUCCUUCAUCUUGCGAGCUCUUGAGAAAAAUGUGCCCAUGCAGGGAGCCUUGCAGGAGCCCUGCUUGUCUUGCUCUUUAAUCAGGAAACAUACACUACUUUCUGCAGCUCAAGAGAGCAAAAGAUGGCAAUAAUAUCUCUUACAUUACAGGCACUGUGUUAGCAAGGAGGAAAAUGUUAUUUAUUUUUUCCCUGACAAUACCUGUCCUACUUCUUUUUUCCAUAAUGCAUUAAGCAUUAGGAGGCACAGCUCUGCACACAGUCCAGCUCUCAAGACUACCUGUUGAGGACAUUGCCCAGCAAUCCUGCAGUUUUAUUUGUGGAUGAAGGGCGGAAGGUGGUGAAUUCUCCUAGGAUUUCUUGCUCCUGCAGGAAGACACACAGCCAUGCUGGCAAAACCCACAAAACGCAGGGGUUUGUGAAAUGCAGCCCUUUGUAUCCUGGGUCUCUGGGCCAAGAAGACCUAGCAUGAGGUUGUAAAAUCCAAAUAAUGAACUUCCAGAAGACCACUCAGCAGUGAUGGGCAUCUUUAUCCAUCCUGCUGUCUCCUGUGCCCGGAGAGGUCUCUGGCACAGCCGGUGUUCACCACGUGAGAACGUCACCGCUAAUCAAACGAGAAGAGGACACAGAGAAGACAGACCACAUCCUACCUCCCACCCCAAAUACAAGCCCACAGGAUAUUCCCAGCAAAAUGCAGCCACACUGCUAGGCAGUCCUUGGGAAACCUCCCCCAUCUCAAAGGCAGCAGGUUCCCCAUGGUACUCACUCCCCACAUCGCUGCCCUGAGGGAGGGGCUGCUCGCAGCUCAGCAUCCUGCAGGCACAGCCAAAGGAGACACCUGGGCUCCCUGGGCUUCCUUCUGGGAGCAUCAGCCAGAGAGGCCUGCAAGGAGUGGCCAUAAUAUUCCAAAGGAGAGAUAAAUGAGAUGGGAAUUAGUUAAAAAACCCUACAGUAGGGAUAAUUUAGAUCCAUCACUUAUUUUCUGCUGUAAUGAAGUGGCCCAAUUAUCUUGAUGCUUGAAUGACCACUCCAGUUCUCAAAAGUCAUUUCUGCACACUUGAAUGGCUGCUCCUCCUUCCAGAGAAACCAUCUCAGAAAGGAGCACAUCUUUCUUGGCAGAGAGGUAAUCCAUGUCAGCAGCUCCUCCCACUGUCCCUCUCAGGAGCGGAGGGAGACUUGGGCAGGGAGCUGCCUGCACAGCCUGUCCCAGGGUUGCUGGACACUCCCCACAGCAAGGGUCCCCUGGAACAGAGGGAUGCAGGAGGGAAGGAGCUCAAAGUGAGCCUGAGAAGUGAUGGGGACAGCCGGUGGCUGGAUGCAGCCCAUGAGAGGAGGCAGGCAGCAGGUGUGUGUUGAGUCUCCUCACGGGCACCCCAUGCCAGGGUGGUGGCUGGGGACAGCACUGCCAAGGCAAGUUGUCCUCUGGAAUUUUGGAUGUGCUCCAGAAAGAAUGGCUCUCACUUUCCUGCUCUCCUCUGACAGCCACCAGUCUCUGACAGGCACCAAUGUGCCCUGCUCAGCAGCCCGAGGGGAGCUCCCCCGGAGCAGCCUGGGGCAGGCAGGCAGGGAGGAGGCUGUGACCACCCUUCCUGACGCACCCAAAGCCACCUGCCACCGCCAUCCUGUCACCCAUCACCCUGUGUGUGCCCCCCUCACAACUACAAGGCACUCUAGGGCAGACAGACAUCUUGUGCAAACCUUGACAGAGAGAGAGAGAGGGAGAGAUCUCGGACAGCCCAACCAGCCCCCUGGUCCCCCCAGCAGGGACAGGGCAGGCAGACCCCAGCUGGACAGAGCCAAAUUAUUCCAAAGCUGGGCUGAGAGUUUGCAGGAGAGCUGGUUUGCCUGGAGACAGAAACCAGAGCAUGGGUCAUAAACUGAACUCCACCUUUCCUCUGCCACCUGCACCAUGCUUGGUGCCACGAGCUGGCCCUGCCCCAGCUUGUGCCCCAAGCUGAGGGCCACCCCCGGGCUCAGCAGCUGGAGCCCCCCCAGUCUCUCUGUCUCUGUCACAGUUCCUCACAAAUUCAAUGGCACAAUGCAGCUACACUAUUUGAAAAGCCAUAAUACUUGUUGGUACGACUCUUUUAUUACUGUCAAUUUAUAUAUAUAUUUGUUGAUAAAAGAGGUCAUCUUGGGAGACACUUCCAGUCUACUGGGAAAUAAUUGUCCGAUGCUGUAUAUUCUGUACAUGCUGUAUAAACAAAGCAAAAUAUGUAAAUCUCAAUGUUUGGUGGACUCGGUGGCACGGGCUGCAGGGGGAGAUUGGCACCAGGCAAGGCCCCUUCUUGGGCCACCACGGCUCGGGCUGGGGGCUCCCAGCAGAGUCCCCGUCCUGCUGGGCUCUGGACACAGUCUGGUGCAGGGCCCGGCCCCGUGCAAGGGCGAAGCCUGCGGCUCCCUCGGUGCUUUUCCCGCACAAGGUGGACGGGGCGGCUGCGGGAGCGGGAGCGGCCGCGCUUGGUCUCCCUCCCGGGGCACAGCACGGGGCCGGGCACGGCCCCACCCAUCCGGAGCCCGCUGUCACCCAGCUGCUCCCCAGCCCGCAGCCACCACCCAGCAGGACGUCUCUAAGCCUUGGGGGUCCGAGAGAGAGGAUUCCCCGCGGGAAGACGGCCGGUGAGGGCAAAGACUGGCUCCGAGCAUCCGGCUUCUCCAGCUCCUUCCCACGCCCGGCCAGCCGUCCUCCCGGGGGUGUUCUACAGCAGCCACGAGCUGUGACCUUCUAACCCGACACACGCUCUUAGAAAACCUGUUUCAUAUUUUCUGUGGUAUCGAUCUACAACUUUUGAAAUUAUUGGACACAGUCAUGGUAGCCUAAAAGUUGUGCUGAGCUCAUAUAUUUUUAUAUUUGUGGUGUUUUCCUAUCAAUAGAGAGUAGUGAACCCUAUAGCUGAAAGUGAACUAUUCAAAAUAAAUAUAUGACUGCAGAAAAUAUUUGUAAAAAUAAUUUAUUUUAAAUAUUCUGCCAAAGAUAGCUCUCUAAUUAUCUGUAAGAUGUCGUUUCUCCCUUUUUGCUCUGAAUGUCAUUGUGAAAGGACCUUUCUCCCCGUAUCUUUUGAAGAUUUUUUUUUGUAUCUUUAAGGGCAAAGAAAUAUUCCAAUGAUUUUUUACUAGAGCAGAAAAUAGAGUAGUAGGGAGGCACGAGACAACUGUGCAAAGGUGAUAAACAGGAUCCAGUAUCAAUCACUCGAAAAUCCGGUUUCUCCCAUAAUUCCUCUGGCUGACAGAAGGGGUUUGAAGCCUGGGACAGCUGUCCAGCAGGAAGACCUUGGCUGCUGCUGCUGCUGCUGUGGCUGCUGUGUAGCUUACCCAAAGGAGAGAAAUCUCCCUAGAAUCCCAUCCCCAGGCUUGGGGCAUUUGGAUCCCCUUGCAUCCAAUCUUAGCCUCUUCAUUAUUUAUAAGCAUGAUUUAUUUAUUAGCCCUUAAUAGGCCCUGUGGCACAUGGGGAACCCUCACCCAGAGCUUUGUGGGGCUUCAGUCCAAAGCCAUUCCCUCCACACACCUGCCAGCAGCCCUGAACCCGUGGCACAGGGAAUCCUGCUGGCAUCCAGACCUGUCCCCUUCCUCCCGUGGGGACAGGGCAGGGGACAGCCCGCCGCCAGGGGACACUUUAGCAAGAGGAUCCAUCCCUGCAGGUAUCCAGUUAAAACAGGAGAAAGUACAGCCUUUUACCAUGGAGAAGCUGCCUAGAUUAGUCUUUGAGAAAUGACUAUUUUUUUUAUUAUUAUUAUUAUUGUAGAGAAAAAUCUUUCCCUUCUUCAUUUCUCCGUUUUGAAAUGACUUUUCAAUACUAGGGAAAGCCUUCAUUAUCUUCUGUGAUCCCCAGGUCUGCUGCUGUGGAAAUAAAUCCUCAGCCACAUCUGUUAGGCUCCACCACUUCAAAGAGAUUCUUGGCUCAGAUUUUUUCCCUUUCUGAGCAGAUUCACAAUUUCUUAAAUGUCUUGGUCAUAAACGUCUGGAGGAAUUAAUGGGUAAAAUAAGAAAACAAACCCCUGUUCCAGUGAAUGUGUUUCCGCAAGCAAUUCAGCUUUUGACUCCCACAAGGUCAGGCACGUGUGUAAGUGUUUUAUUGGGAAGGGAGGUGGGAAAAGCAGUUUCCAAGCCAUAGGGUGUGGUGGGUGUGAUGGGAGGACUGCUGUGAGUGGGGCGUGGGUGGCACUCUGCAGCCGUGGGGAGCACUGCCAGGGAGUCUUUGUUCCCCUGGGCUCUCUGAACCCGGGGCUGUGCAGCUGCUGCGUCACAGGGAAACGUGAGCGAGCCAGGGAAGACAAUGGUGAGAAGAAUUGGGUUUCUGAUCACUGUGCAUUUUGUUAAUUAGUGAAUUCAAAUAGUUUUAUUUUUACCAAAAACAGAUAAUCUUUAUUCCAGUAAAGACAACAGUUGACUUGAGAUAUAUAUAAAUAUAUAUAUAUUAUUUGAAUGGUUUAUAUCCUGUUGCUCUAACUACAUAAAAUGGAAACAUGUUGCAAGUUGUGUCAUUUCAAUAUACAAAAUAAAUGACUUUUCCCUGCAUGCUGCCUGGGUAUGUUGUGAUUUGAAUUAAGAGUUAUAUUUGAAUUGCCUUAUUCAAGAGGUUGUAUGUUACCUAACUGGGGAAUGACCUGGCACUGUUCAUCACAUUACAUGUGUACUUGAUGCUGUGUUAUGUCAAAUUCAGAUGAGUUGUCUGUCAUCUAUGUAUUUUGUGGGAGAUCUUUUAUCUUGUUAAACUGUGAUAUGUAAACCUUCAUUGCCUGAAAUAGUCACAGUUGUAUAAAUCAGUGUCUUCAGCUGUUUUCCUAAUUUUAACACAAUUCCUAACACAAAAUAUAGAUGUUUGUAAAUUCUUCA